AUGGCAGCAUCACCACUUGCAGGUGCCCCUGUACUUUCAACACCAGAUACGCACAUAUUCGAAGAUCCUACACCCCCAAUAGACGUUUCAACGCUUCCUAGGCUCUCCGACGAGCAGCUUGCCCUCACUUAUGAGAUAGCGCGGACUGUCGCUGAAAUACGCACCAGGAGAUGGAAGCGCAUAGCUUUGCAGUUCCCGGAUCAUAUGCUUGUAGAUGCACCGCGGGUAUUCGAGGCGUUGAGGCAAGGCCUGAAGCACUCCCGCCUGCAAAGACGGAAAGCCACAUCGAAUACCGAAGAGCCUUCGAUCAAUGGACAUAGUGUGGACGAUGCUGCCCAAGAUAAAGUCGCCGAAAAGCUUUUCAUCCUCGCAGAUACCUCGUACGGAGCGUGCUGUGUAGACGAGGUCGCGGCAGAGCAUGUCGACGCGGAUGUAGUAGUCCACUACGGGCGAUCGUGUCUGUCUCCAACCGCUCGACUUCCAGUUAUUUACGUUUUCACGACUAGACCACUGUCCUUGGACGCAGUUCUCGAGACUUUUAGACAAACAUACCUGGAGCGAGAACAGAAGAUUAUACUAAUGGCAGACAUCCCGUACUCAAGCCACAUUCCAGGACUUGCUGAAAAGCUACGAGGCGAGGGAUACACGGGAAUCUUCACGACAUCUAUCGUCCACAACCCUUCAUCCCCUCUACCAAAUCGAGCCGUUCCAGCUGACGUGGUUGAAUCAAAGGACGCGCUGCGGGAAUACCAACUCUUCCACAUCUCCGAGCCUCCCCCCUCUUUACUCCUGACAUUAUCCUCUCGAGUCGGUGCUAUUCACAUAUUCCCUACCGAUGGAGCCAGUGGGGAGAUUCCCAAAGCAUUACUUGCCUCCUCUGCGAUGACAUUACGACGGAGGUACGCGCUCCUCACCUCGCUGAGCACAGUAUCAGUCUUUGGAAUCUUGAUAAAUACGCUAUCUGUCAAGAAUUACAUGCACAUGCUGGAUCACGUCAAGCAGGAGAUCGCGGCGGCUGGGAAGAAAAGCUAUACAUUCGUAGUCGGGAAAGUCAACGCGGCCAAGGUGGCGAACUUCAGCGAAGUUGGAGGCUGGGUGGUGAUAGGUUGCUGGGAGAGUAGCCUGAUGGAGAGCAAGGACUUUUGGAAGCCUGUUAUCACGCCGUUUGAGCUCAGUCUGGCUCUGAAGGGUGACACGGAGAGGAUAUGGACGGGCGAGUGGAGCAGCGACUUCCAAGCUCUUCUGGAGCAGAAGGCCGCCCAGCCAGAGGCACCUUCCGAUGGCGAACAAAAAGUGGGAUCUGAUGAUGUCGAGGCAGAGGACUUUGACUCAGAGGAGGAGUCGGCGCCGCCAGAGUUUGAUCUACGGAUGGGCCAUUAUGUCUCACAUUCUCGGCCUAUGCGAGCAUCGAAUGCAACUAAUCAGAAGCAGACGGGCCAAGGGGAGGCAGCGUCGGCGAAGCAGUCAUUAGUGAAGCGCGCCAACGGGGACCUUGCGAAGAUUGGUGGGGUGGUGUCGCCUGGAGCUGAAUAUCUCCGCUCCCAGCGGACGUGGCAAGGGCUGGGAAGCGAUUUUGAGGCUCCCGGGGAGGGUGAGAGUGCUGAUACGGCUGGUGCUCCGGUGGAGAUAGGCAGAAGCGGUAUUGCUCGGGGGUAUGUGGUGGGCGAUGAUAGGUCUGAGCGGUGACCAGGCGAGGAUGCCCAAAAUCACGAAAGUAGUGAAUGAAACGCGACCACCAUCCGUCGGCCGCGCUGACGACUGAGUGCCACGCGCUGUUUGGUC